UCCUUAAACCGGGCUUUCUUAAUCUGGGACUACCUGUACUUGGUUUCCAUCUGCCACUUCCAUGUGUAACAGAACAUUGGAAUGGGACCAGACACACUCAUGCACUAGUGCAAUGGGGUGAAGCCACAUGCACCAUUGUGCAAAUAAACUGUUUGGACGUGCAACAAUUGCACAAUGAUGUCAUGAUAGCCAUUGGUGUCAGGUAUCCGUGGUUCAAACGGUCUCUUGAUGGAAAAGCAGAACAGAUGCCUGGGAAAUUCCCUUCAGAUUGAACUCCAGGCCUCCCUCGGCCUGAUGCGGAACUUGCCAACUCACGUGGCGUUUUCUUGCCAAGCUUCAGACUUAUGAAAUAAAACUUCUGUUUUUUUCCUCAGAUGAGUUAGGCAAUCUGGGCGUGGUUUUGUUCCAUUUUGUUUCUCGGUGCAACCGGUGAUUCUUUUCUAAGAACUUGCAAACGACUCAGAAAAAGAACGUAGACUCGAAGGAUAUUUUUUUAAAGUUGGACACUGAAAAAUAAAACUGAUGGAAACAAUAGGGAAGUAAAGGUCUCUAUUUUUGCGCAGAGAGAAACGAUGCAAGCUCUUAUGUAGUGUCACUGGUACAUUUGUGUAUAGAGUUUUGUGUGUUUAAGUUUUACCUGGAAAAUUACCCAGAACUCUUCUUAAGCAGCUGUUGGCUUGAAAAGAUCAGCUUGCAAUGAGUGGAUUAUCGCCAGUGUCGGUUAUUUCUCUGGGAGCAAUUUUAUUGUUUUCCUUUUCAUUCAUCCGUAACUAAGGAUCAGUUGGAGCACAUGCGCCCCUCCAAGAGUGUAGAAUAAGCUUGAGGUGCAACGCCCUGGACCUUUCAAAACAGAUUUUCAGGCCAUGGAAAUAAGUCCAGGUUGGUUUGAAAAGCACAGGAGUAGCAAUCAGUAAAAAAGUUGGCAAUCCUCGGAAGGGAUUCAACACCGUCGAGAAGACGGCGUUCGCUCACACCGUCACGGCCACCAUCUUGAUUUUUUUGACCCCUCUGCGGAUACUCCUGCAGGCUUUGCAAGUUCCAUGAGUGGCUCCCCCAGGAGGGGCUGGGACUCCCGGAGGGCUGCUACCUGUCUGUGUCGGUAACAUUGGUCUCAAGGGGCCCCAGUUCUCAUUGCUUUGUUCUCCAUGUAGAUUUGAAGUCUUGCAACUUGAAUAUGAGUCGGGGCUGCGCCCAGCUGCAAAAAAUGCGGUUCUGGGCUGAAUCGAUGGAAGCAGGGUUCGAAAUCUGGGGAAGUCGGAGCUCUGGUUGCUUCUGGCUUGUGCAGCGCCUGCCCCAAGGCCUGCUCCAGUUUGGGGUGCCAACUUUUAAGAAGGAUUCAGAGAAUCUGGAACAGGUUAGGAGGAGAGCAGUGAAACCAAACGGGGGAUUAGACCUAAGACCUCUGAAGAGGCAUGGAAGGAGCUGGGCGGGUUUAGCCUUGAGCAAAGAACAGGAGAACAAGAGAGCACCUUUUGUAUACCUGGAAAGGCGUCCAGACAAAGUCACGAUCUGUUUUCUCUUGUUUCAGAGCGCAGGACUCGGGAACACAGACUGACGUUACAAGCAGGCGAAUCCUGGAUCGAUGUCAGGAAACGCUUCAAGUCAACCGUGGAACUGGUUACCCAGAGAGAGGUGGGCUUCGUUUCGCUGGAGGCUCCUUUCCUGAAGAUACUUUCAUCUGGAUCCCUGCCCCGAGCAGAAAGGAGUUGGGGCUGCUGAAGCUCAUGGAGGAGGCAACGAGGAAAGCUGAGCAGCAAGCCCUGAGGCUGGCGGAGGCGAUCAGAGGCGGGGAGGAAGAGGUGGCCCAACAAUGUGCCAUCUGGCUGGCUGAGCGACGUGUCCCCAUCAGGGUGCAGCUGGAACCGGACGCCUACCCCAAGCAAGACAUUAGGCUGUGGGUAGGUGUGGAAGAUGCCCAGAUGAUCACUACUCCCAUUUUCCUAAAGGUCAAACCUUCCAUGACCAUGGCUUCCCUCAAAGACAUGAUGUUUCUCCAUUAUGGUUUUCCUCCCAGCAUCCAGAAGUGGGUGGUCGGACAGAGGCUGCCGCAGGACCACGAGACUCUCCACUAUCACGGCAUCCAGAGAAACGGGGACAUGGCGUACCUCUACUUGUUGUCUGCCAAGGCUGCGAAGCUGAACAAAGAAACGGUUGAGUUGGACCAUGAACGCAGGCAGCUGGAAGGUGAGCUGGUCAGAAGUGGCAGUAGAAGGGGGCCUGGAGAGCUGAGGGACCACCUAUCUCCUGUCAUUUCUGCCCAUCUGCUGAGAUCUGGCAGAGGGGUGCCCUUCAGGUCCCCUCAUUAAACGGUGCCUGUUGUUGGGACCCAGGAAGCGUGCCUUCAGUGUGGUAGCACCUGUCUCUGCAACAGCAUCUCCCCAGAGACCCACAUGGCUCCCACCCUGAUGAUGUUCGAAAGUCCUUGAAAACCUGGGUAUUCUCCCAGGCAGGGUGGCGGGUGAGCCCUUGUAAGAUUUUUAUGUCGUUUCAUAUGAAAAAUAUGUUUGUU